CAGAGGGGAGAGUACCAACACGUCCUGAGUCAACAUCGCUUUGGCCGGCAGUCCCUGUCCAUCUUCAGCUACCAUGGGGCUAUACUCGAGUGUGUGCUGGUGCUGUACUACAUGGUGACGGGGGUGGUGGGCUUCUAUUCGCUGGAUGUGAUAAAGCCAUACACACCCCUGCCGCACUCAGUCAACAAAUAUGCGAUGAUGGGCCACGUGCUGGUGCUGCUGUUCUUCAGCUCAGCGCUCAAUGUGAUGACUCACAGCAUUGGCGUGACGGAGCUAGAUCCCAUUGGCCGGUCUAACGGGUUCAUCUGGCUCAACACACCCAUUGUGGUGGUGUACAAUGUUAGCUUCGUCUUCUACUUCGUUCGGUCGCUCAAGGCCUCUCCGAUAGUCAAUAAGAUAUGGCGAUGGAUAGAGACUCUGGCGGUGUCUGAUGCGAAGGAGAAACGCGUACAAGCCAAACGGCAACGCAAACUGUCCAUGCACGACCGAGCGUCCAGCAACACACCCAAUACCACACUGGAGAGACAGGCCUCGCUCAGAGACGGAAAAGCGUUGUCACACGCACAGGCACACGCACAGGCACACGCCCAGGCAAAUGCCCAGGGGCGUGCACAAGCACAGCAUGUGGGUGGUGCGAAGAGUACUGUGCAGCGACGACUAGACUUUAAGGGGGCGGAUGAGGCGGAUGGGUAUGGAGAUGGGGAGGGCGAGGAUACCGAACUGUCGGGGUUGGAUGGCACAGACGAUGACAUAUGAGGGUGUAGGUAGGGGUGGUUGGGUUGCAGGUGACGUAUUGGAGGUAAGGAGCUGUGUUCUGCAGUGUCUGCCUCGGCUCAUCUCAUGUGAGACUGUGAGCUGUACUGCAGGCUGACCAGGCGACUUCAACA